GAUCCUAAGAUUGUUCAAGCAAGUGAUUUCUCCUUCAAUGGGCUACUCAUUGCUGGUAACAUGUUGAAUGCAAUUGGAUCAAGAGUAACGCCGGUAGUUGUAGCUCAACUGCCAGGGCUGAACACUCUAGGCAUCUCUGUGGCCCGAAUUGAUAUUGCACCUUGGGGUCUUUUCCAUUUCCAGUGCAACGUUGGCCAAGGUAAUGCGGUUGCAAUCGCGGCUCUCAGUAGCCAAAAUCCUGGUGUUAUUACCACUGCAAAUGCAGUCUUCAAAGCAAAUCCUGACAUCCCUAGCGAUCUUAUUGCAAAUGCUUUUCAAGUUAAUAGAAAUGUGAUCUAUCAAAUUCAGUCACGAUUCUAA